AUGAGGGAUUUCUGGAAGAUCAGGGACAGUUUAGGAGGUGCUCAAAUCGUAAUUCCGACCGCAAUCCAUCGUCAGAUCUUGUCUCGUCUUCAUGACUCCCGCGGGGAGAUUGAAGCGACAAAUUGUAGACCACAGUCUAAUGGACAUGCUGAAGCUUAUGCCAAGCAAGUGAAGCAUUUGAUCAUGAAGACUACGAAGGGUGGUAACCUAGAUGAUAAAGAUUUUGACCGUGGCUUGUUGGAGGUACGUAAUACCCCCCGUCCGGAUGGCAGAUCCCCAGCCCAGAUACCCCUUGGCCGAUCAUUACGGACAGCAAUGCCGGCCCACUGGUUACAUCAGAGACCGUGGCCUCCUCUCCCGGUCUCCCUCCCCAGAGGACCUCUUGUGAGAGCUUGUCGAGUCUCCUCCAGGACUUCAUCGCCGUGUCGGAUCAGUUGGCCUCAAGAAGACCACAUCGCCAAGACCAAAAAAGGCCUUUGUGUAGCCUCUAGAGACUCAGGUGGCUCUCCCAGGGAGGUCAAGGGUGAGGUCACUGAGGUCGGCCUCGAGUCGGGCAGGUCCUCAAGAGAGAGGACCUUCCAGAGUGAGGAUGGAGGCCACUUAGCCGCGAGGACCCGCUCUGCGGCCACACCCCUCAACUCCGACUCAAACACCGCCGCAGAUCUACACAGACGCGUCCCUAAGGCUACAGUCUCACACACACGGCACCCAGAGACACACAGAGGCGUCACAGAAGUAACAAAUAUACACAGACGUGUCCCACAAGCCAAAGACUCACACACACGCCUCCCAAAGGCAACAGACGCCAACAGACGUGCCCAUCCCGGCGAGACAGACACAAGAGACGGUCGACUUCCGAAUUUCCACCCCGGCGGCAGAAAAUUCAGACUCCUUCGUCGACUCCAGCGGCAGGAUUCGACCGAAAGCAGGUUGUCGAGUGUGUCUGAGGAGUCCUUCAGCAGUGGCUCAGCAGGCAGCAGACGAGCAGCGUCUUCAGCAGGGAUUGGCUCAACAGGCAGCAGAGUGACGUCUCACUUGCCUCGUCGGAGCAGUCGUUCGCCUCCUCUGUCUCCAGCCGCUGGUCAUCGGCUCUACAGCGACUCGCCCAAAAGAAAGGAGUCCCUUACCCUUCGGAACCUAUCCACAUACCUCCUGCACCGGCCUCCUCCACCGCCUCCCUCAGCUGGCAGUGGUCCACGAGCACCCAGAGGACUUAGUCACCGCCCUUAACUGCCCCUCC